UUAUCUUAUGCUUGUUGUCACGUAUAAAACACCAGUCUCUAUUACAAAUCCACUGAUUUGCGGCUCGAUGAUGCACAAAAUGAGGUUCCACUCAUUUUUUGGACUGCUGGCAGCUAGUUUAGCAGUGGUGUCCGCUGCUCCAAGAAGUAUCGAUGUCAACGAAAGAGAGUGGAUAAUUUACCCGAGCGCCGACAGCACCGCACAUUUAGCGCUGCUCCAGUCGGCUGUUACUAAACCCGUUUUGGACAAUCCUGACGAGCAGAUUACGUUCUUUCUGUUCACAAGGAACAACAGAAACACUCCCCAACAAAUUUGGGUGAGCAACCUGAAUGACGCCUUUUUUGACCCAACCAAAUCCACGAAAUUCCUUGUGCAUGGGUUUGGUUGCAAUGGCUUCAGUGCCUGGGUUGUGGAUUACAAAAAUAAAUUAUUGGACCUGGAAGAUUGCAACGUAAUUAUCGUGGACUGGUCAGGACCCGCUGAAGGCCCACAAUACAAUCAAGCUCGAGCUUAUGUACAGCCAACUGGAGGAUAUGUUGGCAAAAUGUACAAAUAUUUGGACGAUCUGGGACACAGUUUAACAAACUCUCACUGCAUUGGGUUCUCUCUCGGUGCCCACGUAUGCGGUUUCAGCGGAAAAUCUGUUGGAGGUGUCCUUGGCCGCGUGACUGGCCUUGACCCGGCUCUUCCCUUGUUCGACUACGACAAUCCAGAGUCGCGUUUGGCCGUCACUGACGCCAAUUACGUGGACGUGAUUCACACAAGUGCCGGAUGGCUGAGCUUUGAGGAACCACUUGGACACGCAGACUUCUACCCCAACGGAGGCAUUUCCGUGCAGCCUGGUUGUGGAACAGACGCGACAGGUGCAUGCAGUCAAGCUCGAGCGAUUGAAUUGUUCGCGGAGUCGAUAACCUCUGACGAUUUCAUUGCAUUCAAAUGUGACGACGGAAAUAACUUCCAAAACGGACGUUGCUACGAAAAUGAGAAAGCAGUGAUGGGAUACUUGUCUAGAUCAUCGACGAGAGGGUCUUUCUUCUUCAUUACUGCGGACAGCUCCCCCUUCGCCUUAGGUUGAUUAUUAUUCACUGCCGGUGUUUAAAAAUGGCAAUGACUAUUUUAUAUGUUAUCGAUUUAGUAUGAAUUAAAUAAAUGCAAUUA